AUGGGUUUCGGCGUCCUAGGCACGAUGGAAGGCGGGAGUUGGACCCUCAGAAAGUAUGACCUUUCGAGUCUCAGCGCCAGUCAGUGGAUGUUUCUGAGGGACUAUAGGAUACCAGCCUGGCUCUUUGGGGGGCCGACGCGCGGCCACUCCGCAGACUGUCGCGAAGCGCCCCGCAAGGACGGCGCGGCCGAGACGGCGGCGGAUGCGAGAGAGCAGAAGGACAGCAAGCCUGCUUCGAAAAUAGGGGGGGCGUCGUUAGGGGCGGGCAAGGGCGCCGCGGCAGCGCCAGAGGCGCCGCGCCGAAGCAGCGUGGCCAAACUGAUUCCGGGAGAGGCGGGUGCCCCCGCGCUGCCGCCGCCGCCCGUGUCGAGCGAGCCGCCCGUUCUGAAGAUGGUAGAAGGGCCCCCUCGCGCCCUACUGCCGCGUGACCGCCCCGCCGCGACGAAGGAGGCCCGCGACCGCGCGCGGGGAGCGACGCAGGUGCUAGGGGCGACUGCCGAAGUGAAGGAUGCGAAGCCCAUUGGUGCGUCGAGGUGCUUCAGGGUGAAGGCCACUUGCAGAGGGGCGGCGGACUACGCGUACGACAAGUUUCCGGAAGCGGGCCUAGACGCCCACGCCGAGCUGCGCGUGCACGUCCAUGAACACAGCCACAGUGCGGAUGCAGACGCGAACUCUGGCAAUAUAUGGGGCCCAGACGUCGAG